CCCUUCCCUUCGCCACCGCUUUGCUUCCUCCUCUCCUCCUCCUCGCUUCUGCUUUUAUCCCACUCCCACUCUUCCUCGCCCCCACCCCAAAAACCCUAGCCGCCGCCACCGCCGCCGCCGCCGCCGUUUGCUCGAGCAUGUACUACUACUCGCUGCGAGGUGGCGCGUGCGUCUACCUUGUGGCGGCGUGAUACGAUACGACGCGUGCGGGGGGAAGGGAAGCCGAGGUUUGACUUGAGUGGUGAGCCGGGCAUGGAGGAGAGGCCAUAGAUCGAAGGGAGGCGCCUCCGCCGCCGAAGGAAGCGGCGGCGGAGAAGGUGGAUGGCUCCCCGCAACCCCAGCCCCAGGCGGAGCUGCGGCUGCGGCUCCCGGCGGAGAUCGACUGGGACCGGCUCGACAAGUGGAGGUUCUUCGUCCUCGGCGCCGGCCUCUUCUCCGCCGUCUCCACCGCGCUCUACCCCGCCGUCGUCCUCAAGACGCGCCUCCAGGUCGCCCCCUCGCCCGCGCACGCCGCGGCGUCGUCGCUCCCGCCCUCCGCCGCCGCCGCGGCCACCGCCAUCCUGCGGAGCGAGGGGCCCCUCGCCUUCUACCGCGGCUUCGCCACCUCCCUCGCGGGCACCGUCCCGGCGCGCGCGCUCUACAUGGGCGCGCUCGAGGCCACGCGCUCGGCCGUGGGCCCGACAGCGCUCGCCCUCGGCGCGCCAGAGCCCGUGGCUUCCGCGGCCGCGGGCGCCGCGGCGGGGCUCGCCGCCGCCGUGGCGGCGCAGGUGGUGUGGACGCCCGUCGACGUCAUCAGCCAGCGCCUCAUGGUGCAGGGGAACCCGUGCCCGGCCUCCCGCUACCGCGGCGGCCUCGACGCCUUCCGCAAGAUCGUGGCCGCCGACGGCCUCCGCGGCCUGUACCGCGGCUUCGGCAUGUCCAUCCUAACCUAUGCACCCUCCAAUGCCGUGUGGUGGGCGACCUACUCGCUGUCGCAGAAGACGAUUUGGAGCGGAAUUGGUUGCUACCUGUGCGAGUACGGUGUUGGUGUCCAAGAAAUCGAUGCCGGGGAAGGGGAUUCCUCCCUGCAGCCGGGUUACAAGACUGUCAUGGUGGUGCAGGGAGUGAGCGCGGCGAUGGCCGGUGGCGCUUCCGCCCUUGUGACCAUGCCAUUGGACACCAUCAAGACCAGGAUGCAGGUCAUGGAUGGGGAAGGCGGCGAGCCGAUUACGGUGGGGAGGACGGUGAGGAGGCUGAUCAAGGAGGGUGGAUGGGGAGCGUGUUACAGGGGGCUCGGCCCGAGGUGGGCGUCAAUGUCGCUGUCUGCCACCACCAUGAUCACCACGUACGAGUUCCUCAAGCGGCUCUCCGCCAAGGGGCAUGAGAGCAGCCUCCCCUGACGAGACGAAUAGAUGAUGCAAAUAGACCACAGAAAAUUUUUUUCAGGAAACAUUGUGCUUGCUUCCAUCAGUGAUCAGUCACCAUGAUUAGCACCAGGAAGAAGCCGAUAAUAGGGUCUCCGACUCCAGCUCCAGAUGUGCGUGACAUGGACGUAUUGCUAUCUGCUGCUUUGCCUUUUUUUUCUCACUACUUUUUGUUCACUCGCGUAGCCAUCAAUACAUCACGAAGUGGUUGCGAGCCACUGGAGUGCCAACUUGCUUUCUUUAUCUGUUGGCCAAGCCACACUGAGCUUGUGCAAUUGGUCAGUUUAUUAAAGAGAAAAUUUGCAUAUGGCCGAUAUGAUAUUUUGUACUAUUGUAAUACCAUUGUCUAGCUACCAUCUAAAAACUUGCGUUUGGUGGGCAUGACAUUUCAAUAUUCCAUAUUUCACAUAAGCUCGUGAAAUGGGACAAAAACCAAUUUCAAUUUACUGAUGAAGAGAAAAAAAUACCAA